CCGUAAUGGUGCACCAGGUGCCGUUUUCGUGCAGACAACCCUGCCAACCGACGCCAUGUCGAGUGUUCGGCGGUGACCGACCCCCAACGACAUCAUUUUGAAACCUCCGACGCGGUGUAUCGCACCCCUACCAGUGAAUCACGAUGGAACGCGUCAUGGCUCACAUCGAUGCCCUCAACGCGCAGUACGCACAGCACCCGCUGUGGGAUUCCUUGGCGUCCGGCCAUGGCGGAAAAGUUGCCCGCGCCAAGCUCCAAGCGUUCGCGCCGGCGAUCAGCUACUUUAUCCUGGCGUUCCGCGACUUCAACGAUUUCGUCUUGCCGUACGACACCCCCAAGACGGACCUUGAAGCGGCGCUCAAUGUCCACGCCCUAGAAGACAGCACCCAUUACAAGUUGUUCCUUGAAGACUGGGAAAAGCUCGGCGGCGAUGCGUUGUUGGCCCCGUACGCCCCUUUGAUUGCGGGCCUUCCCGACGACGACCACCGAGCGCAAAGCACACAGUCGUCGGCGUCGUUGGCUCCAUCGACCCGCACGCUGUCGUUCCUGUGGUCCGACGACUCGAACCGGCAUAACCGAAAGCUGAUGUUUGCUUUGACGAAGCUCAUCCACGAGAGUGCGGCGGACGCGCCCGUUCGAUUUGCCGCGGUGGAGGCGGUCGAAGAAACGGGUCGCGUCAUGUUUGAAGCCACGGCUAAACUCGCCAACGAGAUCGAGGCGUCUGGGGGAGGAACGUAUCGGUACUUUGGGGAGUACCACUUGGCCCUCGAAACAGGCCACGUCAUCAACAAUACCCCGCAAGAGUCGACACGCUCCAGUGGCUGCGGUUGCGAGACAGACGACAAGUUCAAAAACUUGGCGCUGUCCGACGCCCAAGAGAUGGCCUGCACUCUUGUCGUGACCAGGGUGUUUGCCAUCUUCACCGAAUGGAUCGAUGGCAUCCACAGGAUGAUGCAAAUGCGCGCGGAAAAGACAUUGUAGACGUCUUGCGGAAUACACACUCCAUUGUUCCA